UAAUCUCUCUCCAACCUCGUGAAAUUGGUGUGCAGUAUAAUAUCUUUUGCCUAUUUUGUUCUCCCCCAAAUUCUAGCCCAUUUUUCAAUUUAAUUGAGCUCUGAGCUGCCGCAGAUCGUUCGGCGAGGGGGUAUAACGGAAGAUUCCGGCUAUUCCAUACAUGAUUUUUGAGGGGAAUUGCUGCCGGAGGCUCAACAGAGCUGAGCGCUGCCGACGGUGCAAUUCAUGGUGUCCGCUGUUUUAGCGAGCCAGAAUGAAUCGAGCUGGGCCCACAUGGGAAAGACGCAGUACGCGAAUCCCCACCUAAAUCCAAACCCUCACCCUAACCCUAAGAAGAAGCAGAAGCAAUUCAACCCGUCUCCAGCGAAUGGCGCCGCCGGUCGCUACCGCAGUAUCAGCAACAAUAACGUCGAUUCGCCGGCCGUCACGCAGACGGCGUCAGAUGAUGCAUAUUCUUUCAACCAGACGCCUGCGGCUGGUAACGCGGGGAAUUACGGUGGCUAUAUGACCUUCAAUGUUGCGACGUACACGAAAUCAGAGCUUCUGGAGCUCCGGAAACGCCUCUCUGCCGAACUUGAUCAGAUCCGUGAUUUGCGUGAUCGGAUUGAUUUUGGCCAGUUCAACAUUGGGGAAACCCCUAGAUAUCAGCCGAAAUCAAAGAAAUAUAGUGGCAGUAAACGUCCCGGACCUGCGAUUGGAUCCGCUCCCAAGAGAUUGGGCGAUGGAUAUGAAAAUGGCAGCUUGGAGAUGGUUAAUUUUGGGGAUUUAUUAAAAGAAUGCGAAAAGAUUGUGACUAAAUUGAUUAAAAGCAAAUUCGGCUUUGUUUUCAAAGAUCCGGUGGAUGCAAGGGCUUUAAAGCUUGUCGAUUAUCAUCUGAUUGUGAAGCAUCCAAUGGAUCUUGGCACCGUUAAGGCGAAUCUGGCGAAGAAUUUGUAUCGGACACCUGUAGAAUUCGCAGCUGAUGUCAGGCUGACUUUUAACAAUGCGUUGCUCUACAAUCCUAAGACGGAUCCCGUUCAUGGCAUGACGGAGGAAAUUCAGGCGCGGUUCGAGGAGAUGUUUAAGCCUGUUCAGGAUAAGUUCAACAGCGUGCUCGAGCAGCGGCGUGAGAAGGAGCCGCACGAGUUUAAAAUCCACACUGACUUGCCUUUCCGGGAGUUUGAGGAAUUGCAGGGCAGCUCUUGGAACAGUAAUGGUUGUCUGGCUCUGGCUGGAAAGAAGUCGAAGGCGAAAGGUGGACAGGUUCCUGUUUCCCAUGUUCCGAAGAAGUCUGAUAGAAUGCAUACAUCAAUGCAAGCCCAUUCUACUGCUUCAACGCCUUCUAAUCCGCCUCCACCGCUGAUGAAUCUGCAGCCAUUAGCUCCGGAGCCAUUAUCUCCUUCUCCAGUGAGAGCUCCUCCUCUGUCUGCGGCUAAGGAACAUAAAGCUGGAAGAGUAGUGACCUCGAAGCAUCCAAAGCCAAGAGCUAAGGAUCUUAAUAAGAGAGAUAUGAGUAUGGACGAGAAGCAGAAACUUGGAUUUGGGUUGCAGAAUUUGCCCCAAGAAAAGAUGCCUCAACUUGUACAGAUAAUCAGGAAGAGGAAUGAGCAUUUGGCACAGGAUGGCGAUGAAAUAGAGCUUGAUAUAGAGGCUCUUGAUACAGAGACGCUGUGGGAACUUGAUCGGUUUGUGACCAAUUGGAGGAAGAUGGUGAGCAAGACAAAGCGGCAAACGUUGAUAAUGAACAACAAUCCAGCUGAUGUAGUUUCUAUUCCCUCCAGUCCUGUUACCGAUGCUGAUGUGGGUGCAUUGAGUGACAAGAAUGGCAAGAAGAUGAAGGAGAAUGAUGAAGAAGAUGUAGAUAUUGAUGACGAUAUGCCAACAGCUAGUUUCCCUCCUGUGGAGAUUGAGAUUGAGAAAGAUGUUGUUGGGCAGGAGAAUGAGGGUGGUGUUGUUGUGCAGGAAAAUGAUGGUGUUGUUGGACAGAAGAAUGAUGGUAGAGGCAAUGCCAGCAUUAGCUCGAGCAGUUCUGGCAGCUCAAGUAGCGAUUCGUCAUCCUCGAGUGAUUCUGAUUCAGGGAGUUCCUCUAGUAGUGAGUCCGAUGCAGAUGAUGCACAAUCUUGACUUGACAACUGCUAUGAGCAAGUCUGAAAUGAUUUCAGUGCUACUUCUUUCCGGCAUUUGGGUGCUGUCACAAAUUAGUAGGAUGAGAAAUGAGGAGGAGGUUGUUGUAGAUGCCGGGGAUGAAGAAAAUAGAUUAAAUCUAUUGAAUUAACUCUCUUCCAUGAGAAGUGUCAGCUUAAAGCUUAGAUGAAGAAAAGUAGAUAGUGUAGACUUUAGAUAGGUUAAUUUGUAGUAGUACAGUUUUCUUCUUCCCCAGGAAUGGUGGGAAUUUCUACCUAGUGAAAAAAGCCUAUUUGUUCGCCACA